AUGUCGAAUACAACUUCGCCCACUGCCAAAUCAUCAUCCAAUUCAGCCCAAGUACAUUCAGCACAAGCUGAAAAUGUUCUUGUACAAUCGGUUGUUCAAAGCGAAACACAAUCGAAAGUUAGUAUUGCAAAUAACAAGAAGAUAGCAGAUCUUAUGGCACGUCUUGGAACAACUUAUCAUCAAGUUGAUAAAUAUUCACGUAAACGUACUGAAGAAAUUAAUGAAGCUGUUGCUGAAUCAAUUAAAAAGAUUGUUGCUGAAACACAGUUACAACAACAACAACUUCUUGAUGAUGCUAAUUUACGUACAAACGAAAUUGAAAAUGAAUUUAAAUCAAGAUUACAAGAAUAUGUUGCUAAACUUGAUAAUGAAAAAGCAGCUUUACUUGUUCAACUUGAAAGAGAUCUUGAUGUACGACAAGAAGCUAUACUUGAAUCAGCUCGUAAACGUAUUGAUGAUCUUAAUUCAGAGGCUAAUCGUCUAAAAAUGAAUGUUCUUAAAGACUGUCAAGCUCAAAGCAGUGCAGAAAUUACGAAAAUCACUGAACAAGUUGCUGCUCUUGAACAUCAAGAAGCGUCACGUCGUCUUGCAUCAACCACUACAACAACUAUUACAACUAAAUCAGUGGCUGCCGGUGAAACACAUGCUCACGAUCAUUCAGUAACAAAUGACAAAUCAACAACACAUGUCGAAACAUUGAAAUCAUCAAGCAGCUCAUCACCAACAUCUGAAUCUCUAUUCUUCAUCGCUUCAGUUGCCUUAUGGCAAGUAACCAAAGCACUUGUUAUUAAAGAUCAAGAAUCAGUGGCUGAUGUUGAUCAACCUACUACUGUUGUUGUCAAUACUGUACCAAGCAUUGAUGAUACGGUAUCUUCAGCAAUUGCAACUAACGAAGGUGAGAAACUAUCUGUACAAUCAGAUGACGAAGAAAAACACUACGCAUCAAAUGAUAAAAUUGAUGGUAAUGGUUUAAAUAAACGAAAUAGUGAAGACCAAAUGUUGACAUCGACAGUAGAAGUAAACGAAGUUGUCCAAACACCUUUAAAUGAUGACAAGGACGGUAGCGGUCUCACAUCAAUCAUAGAAGGAGACGAAAAGGAAACAAAAUCGGAAGAAGCACAAAAAUCAUGUGCUGCUAAUGAUGAAGAAACAAUGACAACGUCAACUACCGAAAGACAUUCUCAAGCUGAAGAAGUAGACGAAGAAGAGCCAGAUGAUGUUGGAAAAAGCGAAGAUGACCAGGAUGCUACUGACUAA